CAACCCAUUUCUUUCAUGCAUAUUCAUGCACACUGCACAUUUGUGUGUUUUUGGGGUCAGUCGGCGGAAGAUGGCGGUCUGGAUGCUGCUGGCUGGCUGAGAGAGAGGAGCUGCUCUCCCCGCGGCGGAGGAUCACACAUUCAACCCGAAUGCAACACAGUCUCAUCUGGAUUCAUAUUCAUCUGGCUUUUCCCGCUCGGGUAUGGACUGUUGGAGUAUUUUAGCAGGGCACAAGCACCUCAGACGCUUCUGUGGGGGACUUUGCGGGGAGUUGCAUGUUAUUCUUCGGCUAGCCGUGCGGAGCAGCUAGCCCCUUUCUCCUCCACUUUAAAGCCUUACAUUGUAACAAAAAUGUCGGAUACUAAAGUAAAAGUAGCGGUUCGAGUCCGGCCAAUGAACAGGAGAGAGAUUGAGCUCAGCACAAAAUGUGUGGUUGAGAUGGAGGAAAACCAGACUAUUCUUCACCCUCCGCCCUCCAAUGCCAAAGGAGAAAGCAGGAAACAGACAAAGACUGUUGCUGUACACAAGCGCCGUAAGAAUGUCUCUCAGGAGGAACCGCAUCGCAUCGCUCACAUGCUGCUCUUUUACAGCUCAGGAGACUUGGGUUUGAUUGAGAAAUUGUUGAGAUCUCUUGUGAAUCUCUGA